AUGGCCCUGGUGACAUUUGACCAUAUAGUCCUUGCCAACGAUGAGGAUCCCGAGGUGUUACAGAUUAACAUCACUGAGGUUGAAAGUGGUGAUGGUGCUUUUUCGAAUGAGUAUAUGCCUUUCGUAGUUGAUGUGGCUAAGUACGUGGAAAAGGAGGAAUAG